CCUUCCAAAACAGAGCACAGAACAGACUCAAACAACACAGCGAUGGACAAAAAUCAGAGGAAGCUCCAAAAUCUCUUCUUCAAGCUCAGGAAGAAGAGCUACAUACUAAGAGUAAUUUCAGUAUUCUUCCUACUUUCAAUAUUUUCCUUCCUUCUGUCAUUCAAUCGGGAAUUCAAUCAAACUUUCUUCAACCAAUUCAACUCCUUGAAGCACUUCCUUAACAAGAAGGCUAUUUUCUGCUUCUUCAAUGCCAUCCUCCUAUUCAUCGCCAAAGAUUCCGGUUUGCUCGCCUCCUCUGUUGAAAAACCUAAAGCCGCUGGCCGCCCUGCUCAGAACUUGGCCGAAAACUCGCAGCUUUUGCAGACGAAGAAUAUAACUGCGGUGGAAAACUCGCAGAUUUAUCCAUUGAAGAAGAUAACCGUGGAGGAAAACCCUCAGGUUCUGGUGAAAAAGGUGGAGACAAAGGAAGUCGACAAGGUGAAGCCUGCUGAUGAUAGUUCGGCAGAGGAAGAAGAUGAUGAAGAAGUUGUGGGAGAAAUGGAGGAAUUGGCUAUCGAUGAAUUGAAUAAGAAGUUUGAGGAGUUCAUAGAUAGAGUUAAGCAGGGAAUAAAAAUGGAGGCUUUGCCGGUAGUAGGAGCUUAAUGGAUGCAAGGAGAGAGACUUCUGUGUCUUCCCUGCAACAUUUCAGUAGGAUUUUUUUUUUCUAAAAUGUAUGUCAGUCCUAAAAUUUAGUAAUAUUAAUGAAUAAGUGGGACUUCUUCUUCUUCAUAUAUAUAUAUAUAUCCCUAUUCAAAACUAAAAUUAAGAUUCACAUCAUCAAUUUUUA